AUGAACGAGGUCGACUUGUUGCUUAGGGAAAUUAGAAUAGACUGGGAGACUCUCAUCACAGAAGAUUUCAAUCCUCUGAAGCAGGCAUUGAAGAACAAAAAUAGCUCUGUAGAUGCUUCGAAUUUCAGGAAUCUCUUUCACAAGGUGGAGAAGGCGAUGGAGGAGAUUAUAGAAAAGAACUAUAAAGGGUUCAGUGACUCUGUCCUCUCGUAUAUGGAGUCCUAUCACCUCAAUGUGCAGUGCUAUGAUAGCAUUCAAGAGAUAUCCAGAACCACAGAGGAGCUUUCUGGAAUGAAGAUGGAGGUAAAGGACAUGAUUAAGGAGUACGAUGACGUGAGGGUUUUUGAGGCCAAGCAGAAGAUCUGCCUUGUGCUUCUUGAAAUCAGAAGGAAUUUCAAUGAGUUUUGUGCGAUCAGAGAUAUGGUUGAGAGCGACGUGAAGAAUAAUGCCGAGAAUCGGGGCAUGAGUCCUAAGCUCCUUGAGGCUGCAAAGAAGAUUAGGGCUAUCUAUGACUUGGUGGAUGAGAAUAGAUUGGAAGAGCUGGGGUGCAUUAAAAAGUUCCGAGGAGAUGUCGACUUGGAGGCUGGAGACUUCAUGAAGCUGGUCUACGGGAGAAUCAACAGAUUCGUUUUUUAUAAUGAGUGUGAGUAUCAAGAUGAUUUCAGAUGCGUCGUGGUUUUAGAUACACUGCGAGACCUGGAGAAGUACCAGGCCGAUAGUCUUGAGGAGGAGUAUUUCAAAGUGGUUGAGUCUGUCAUCGAGGAGGUGGGAAAGAAAACGACGGAAAACCAAGCGGAGACGCUGGCAAAAAUGAUUGCGGGACGAACCGGGAUGGUUAUCCGCAACUUCAAGACACUGUUUGAAAUGGCGGAAACCUCCUUUGAGGGCCUUCAUGAGAAAUCCAAGAACUUCUUCGGCGAAGAGGAGCCGGUGCUCAGGAUCUACAGCCCGCAGUGCCAAGAGACGGUUGAGUCUGCGACGAACAAGAUCCUACGGAAGCUUGUUCUAGAGUAUGUAGAGGACCCCGAAAGGCGUCGCUGUGAAGGGGUGUUCAAGGCAGAAAACUUUAUCGGUAACAUUGACUACAGCUCUGUUUUUGAAAGCAAAUAUCUCAUUCACGAGAAAAUGACUAAGAUCACUGAGCUCCAGACAGUGUUUUCUGGAAACUUUACUCGGAUCCUUUCUUCGGGUAUGGAGAUGGCCAUCUACAUGGAAAAGUAUACUGCCAGCAGCGAAAUGAAGAGGUAUUUAAGAAACCUACUGGAUGAGAGGUAUGUGAAGCAAAAAGAAAGCCAGGUCAAGAAGCAAAUCGCUUACCUACUCAACAAUGACGAGUGGCAUAGAAACGAUUACUCGAGCAACAGGCUGUCUUUCUAUUCAAACUACAGGGGGCUUAUUGCAGAGUUUUCUUCCUACCCGGAGCUUUGCAACAUUUCCACCAUUUCCGAUUUUCUAGACGGCUUUUUUGAGAAGAAGCUUGGCGGGCACUUUGAGAACAUGUUUAAAUCAGACAUAAUCAAAGACUCCCUUUCCAGCGGGCAUAGCGAUGAGGAGGUGGCGGCUUCCUUCAAGGAUUACCUGCUUGUAAGGGACAUAGAUAGGAGCAACCUCUUUUUCCAAAAGCAAAGCUACGAGAACAUGUUUUUUUCCCUGGAAACACUGCGAGACAUCAAUGGGCCGAUCAAGGGCAAAGGGCUGGAAGCCCUUCUCUCUUCUGUGCUAACAAGGUCAAAGUUCCAGGUUGUUCUGGAGAUAUUGUACUUCUUUGAUCUGUUCUACCGUGAAGGCAACUAUGCCAACAAAAACGACUACUAUUUGCACAAGAUCCUGGGGGUUGUUGAGGAUGUCUACAGCUCCGAGUCCCGUCCAGACAUCCAUAUUGAAUGCUUUGGCUUCGUGUUUGAGUGUUUGAAUUUCUAUAUCCAAAACAACGUGGCAAGACUAAAUGUCAGGUCCAUUGAAGAGCUAAGGCAUUUUCUUAAAAAGAUAAGGCUGCUGGACGAAAUCUUAGGGUUUAUUGGCGGAGAAUAUAGCCUGAAUGAGGCCAUUGGAUUCCUUGAGGAUGUCGUUUCUGGAAAUAUCAGAAGCGAAAACGGGAAAAGGCUAAGGAAUAAACUCAAUGAGAAGUGA